CCACUGCUUGCUAUACGUCACCGUUUGAUCAGCAAAACUCUUGGACCUCUUCUGCAGUAGGGUUUAAGCUCUCUCCACUGUCGCAGCACUCGUCUGAACCUAAAAUGGCUUCAUUAUGUAGAUCGGCCAUAGCAACAGCUUCAAAAACAAUCGCUGCUCGAUCCAGAACCACAACCCAGAAGACCCUUACCCCAAAAUCCGUUUUAUCCGCUUUCUCUUCACCCUCCAGCUCCGUCCCUCGUGCCUCAAGGGUUCUUUCUGUAUUGGGAAGUGCUGAGUCACUGAUGCCCCUCCACAGUGCCAUUGCCUGUGCUCGCCUCAAAUCAAGCAUUGCUGUUGAUUCAACAUGCUGGAGCUGGCUUUCUAAAGGACUUGCGGUACCAUUGUGACAGGGCUUGCUGGGUAUACUAUGGCACUCUAAAUGAAUAGGAUUUAGUUUUCUAAUGGUGAAAGCAAAACAAAUGCCUGUAGUCUUUUUCCUCAGUCUUUGUAUCCAGCUGAGUAUGCACACACGUGUAACAAAGUGAAUAAGUCCUGUUACUUCUUUUGUAAUUUUUAAAAUUUAUUUGCGGGGAUUAAGGCUAUAUUAAAUGGUAUUUAUCUUAUUGAUCA